UCUCUCUCUCUCUCCCUCUCUCUCUCUCUCGUGCAAAGUUCACCUCCCCUAUCCACAUUUUUCAGAGCCGAGCAGACACACACAGUAACCAUGCUGAUCUCUGUGCUGCUGUUGUGGUUUGGAAUCGUCCUCCUCUUCUUCCUCUUCAGGGUGAGAAGACCCAAGAACUUUCCUCCUGGACCCAGAGCACUUCCUCUGCUGGGAAACCUGCUGGAGUUCAACCCACAUGACCCAAUAAAGAGUUUCAAGAAGUUGGCCGAGCGCUAUGGUCCUGUCUACAGUCUGUACAUUGGGCCCCGUCCUGCGGUGGUGUUGGCCAGCCAGAAGGUCAUCAAAGAAGCUCUCGUCACCAGAGCCACUCACUUUGCAGGACGACCAGAUCAUAUGUUGAUUUGUCAUAUCAUUGAACGCAAAGGUGUGAUCAUGGCAGAUUAUGGUCCCACAUGGCAGGAGCACCGGCGCUUCGCCCUGACCACGCUGCGCAACUUUGGGAUGGGGAAGCGCUCCAUGGAGGAGAAGAUUCUAGAAGAAACCCAACAUACCUGUGCUGAGCUAGAGAAGCACGCAGGAAAGUCUAUGGAUCCUCAGCAUCUCUUCCACUUUGCUGCCUGUGACAUCAUCUGUUCUGUUAUUUUUGGAUCUCGAUUUGACUAUGAUGACCCCUACUUUAAGUCCAUCAUCAUCUUCAUGGAAGAAGCGGCUAAAAUAGCUCUAGACCCUUGGGCAAUCCUCUAUGAAAUUGCGCCAUUCAUUAAGAAUUUGCCUGUACCGUUUAUUAAACGGGCGUAUGGUUUAAUCAGCCGGAUCAGAAGCCACAUCCUAAAAGAAGUUGCAGAGCACAAAGAAUCGUGGGAGUCUGGAGAACCUAGAGACCUCAUUGACUGCUAUCUGGACGAGUCUGAAAAAAGGUUAGACAAAGGAACCACAUUCGAAGACAGUCAGUUGGCAUCCACCUUGUUUGACCUGCUGAUUGCUGGGACAGAGACUACUUCCAACACACUGAGGACAGCAACACUCUACCUCAUGACACACCCACAUAUACAGGAGCGCUGCUACCAGGAGAUCGAGGAAGUGCUGGGCUCUCGUGAGCAGGUGUGCUUUGAGGAUCGCCAGUCCAUGCCCUACGUCCAGGCCGUGAUCCAUGAAGCCCAAAGAGUGGCUGAUGUUGUUCCUCUGAGCGUGUUGCACAGCACGACCACCGACACAGAAGUCCAGGGCUAUAACAUUCCAAAGGGUACGUUGGUCGUUCCUCUCCUGUCCUUAGCGCUACAUGAGGAGGGUCAGUGGAAGUCCCCUCAUGACUUCAACCCAGAGAACUUCCUGAAUGAGACGGGGGAGUUUGUCAAACCUGACGCCUUCAUGCCCUUCUCUGCAGGCUCUCGCGUGUGUCUGGGGGAGGGGCUCGCUCGCAUGGAACUCUUUCUCAUCCUGGUCACAUUGCUGCGUCGCUUCCGAUUGGUCUGGCCAGAGGAGAAGGGAGCUCCUGACUACAGCAUGGUGUUUGGAGGCACACAGGCACCCAAACCGUUCCACAUCACCAUCCAUCUAAGGGAAUCCACAAGCUAAUGCCAACUGAAUGUUCCCAAGCACAUUUUACUUUUCAUGUCUUUUAUCACCAUGUUGGUUUAGUAUUUCAGAUUGUAGUGAAAUCUAUCCAGCUUUUGUUACAGUGAAUCUUCUGAUUAUAUUCUCAGUUUCUUGUUAUCUUAGAGGGCGAUCAGACAGGCUGCGCUUUGCCGCUUAUAAAAAGUGAGGUGCACUAUGUUUUCAAAAGUUCAACUCAAAGCGGAAAAGCGCCCGACAUCAUUCCGUUUUUUUAUGCAAACAUAGUGUACUUUGCGUUUUACAAGCGACCAAGCGCGUCCUGACUGAUAGCCUUAGCUGCUGUUAUUAAUUGCCACGAUAUGUGAUAUGCUAUGCUCCACAUCUAUGCUAUGAUCUGUAGUCAGAAUGGCCAAAUGGAAUAUGGACUCAAACAGCAUUACAUUUGCACAAAAAAGUGUCUUACAAGGGAAGAUUAUAUGUUACAUAAAUUACAUAGAGAAGAGUCCCUUGUCACUUCUGUUAAUAGAAAAAUGACAUUUUGGGAGGCAUAUUUAGCUGAUUCAUUAUACAUUCUAAGAGCCUUAAAACCAGUUUUAUAUGACAUAAACAUGUGUUUUGCUUGCAUUGCACUUGAGUUCUGACAGUUGUAUAUAGUAUACCAAUUGACUAGAUGUCAUAAAUGGUGGCAUGUUUGUAAAUACUGUGUUGAGAAUGUUCUAAUGUCAAUGCCAUAUCAAUAAAGGCUUUUAUGAAGUGGCACUGAA